AUGGAAAAGAUUAUUGUGCAAGAGAUUCAAUCUUGUUCUAAGAAGAAGGAAGGAAACUGGAGACAAGACAGGAAUCAACAGGUGAAGCAAGCUUUGAGACAGAUAAGAUUUUAUGGAAAGUGUUGUUAUAGAUGCAAAAAUACCAAAGAGUUUUCUAUAAAUUUUCAAAGGAAAAAGUUUGAAUGGGAGAAGAAACUAAAUGAGUGGAACUAUAAUGAUGAAGUUGUGCCUGUUUUUCCAUAUCAUAUUCUGGGAGAACUUAAAGAAAAUGAUCAACCCCGGAAAAAGGAGGAAUUUAAGGAAAAGAAGAAGCAGAAAUUUUUUGUUUUCUCUGGUGCUCCAGGAGAAUCUAACUUCGGCGUGCCCAAGGAGGACACCAUAGAAAAGCCUAAGAAGAAGGCCGAAAAUAAAAACAAUCCUAAGCAAGUGAAGACCAUUGGCAUGUUUGUUGAGGACAUUGUUAAAAAGAAGGAGCAGAAAGAGAAAAGUGAUGCUGAUGAAAGUUCUGAUGAGGACGGAAGAACACUGAAGGAUUUGUUUUCCCAGGCUGCUAAAGACAAGAAGGAGAUAAUGGAUGAUGCACAUGAAAAGGUGAAAGGUAAAGAUAUUGUUGAAGAAGAAAAACUUAGUGAUGAUGAUGAGGAAGAGCAAGAUAAUAUAGACAAAGAAAGGGAGGAGGAAAAGAUUGAUGACAAUGCUGGUAGUGAGAAAGAUGACAAUGAGGAGGCUGGAAAUAGCUUGAAUGGCCAGUAG